AGCCUGUGGAUGUCGUGCCCUCCACUUGGCUCGAAGGAGAUAAGAAAUGUGUGUCCUCCAAUGCACCAUGAAACCAAUCAAAUACCUCAGGAUUGCAGCCUCCCACUCACAGUACCAACCGCAAGAAGAUGCAGGCAGUAACCAUGGCGACGACAGUAUGUGGCGUGAGCCUCUCCACCCGAAGGGCUGUGCUCGUGAAGGCGGAGCCGCUUAGGCCGCGACAGACCCACGCAAGGCUCCUCCCUUUGCUCGACCGCGGUGUCCGCCGCCGCCGCACGGUGCUCGUGGCGAGCGCGCCGUCGACGCCGCCCGACAUCUCCGAGAAGGUCUCGGAGAGCAUCAAGAAGGCGGAGGAGGCGUGCGCGGGGGACGCGGUGGCCGGGGAGUGCGCGGCGGCGUGGGACGAGGUGGAGGAGCUCAGCGCCGCGGCGAGCCACGCCAGGGACAAGCUCAAGACUGACUCCGACCCCCUGGAGAACUACUGCAAGGACAACCCCGAGACCGACGAGUGCCGCACCUACGACAACUGAAGUAGUAAUCGAGGAGAGGCAGUGGAGAAGGUGAUACAGACACACUGCGUCACUGCAUGAUGCUUGCAGAAACUUGUGGUGGCUUCUCUUUGCCUAAACUUCUACUUGCAUCUGAACUCUAUUGUAUUACAGCUGCUAUUUGACUCUGCAUGGCAAUACAGUUUAUGUACUCACUAUUUAAUGAAGGCAAUGGGAAAUUGGUGUUAAUAUCUUGUUGGAGACA